CCAAAAUUUUUGCGGCAAAACUGCUUGCUUGUUUUACGUUUUUAACUGUUUCAGAUCAGAAUAUUCAAUUUUGUGUAUUUUUAAUUAAAAAAUUGUUUUCUGUUUCCUACAAUUUCUAUUAAUUAUUUCUUAAAAAAACAAAGCUACCUUCCCAAAAUAUUUAAAUUCACCAAAAAAAUAUAAAAUGUCUGAAAACAAACCAGUCGACUCGACACAAAUUCAGAAUUUGCAAAAUUUUGUUCUCGAUGCAUUGGAAGUUGUUGAAUUUAAAUUAAUCCGCUUCAAAGAAGACGUCGAAGAUGAUUCCCUCAAAUUCAGCCCUCUUAUGGCACAUCAAAUAUUUGGUGAAAGCGAAAGCAUCUUUGGCUACGAGAAUCUCAAAGUAAAGGUUCUCUACACAGCAGGACCUUUACAAAUAUACAUUGGCAUUAAAUAUGACAAAAAAGUCGAGGACAUAUCAAAUGGCGAUAUUAAAGCCGACGAUAUUGCUGGCACAAUUGCAUCCAAACUGCCCGAAGGCUGUUACUUUGUCAAUUUGGAUGAAUUUCUAAAAACCUUGGAUAAAGCAGAUAAAUUUCAACCUUUUGGUGAAAAACUAUCCGAACACAAGACUGUAGAUAGUGAAGGCAAUGAGCGAUGCUUUGAAAUCUAUCAUUGUGACUACAAGACACCGUCUUUCUUGAAAUUUUUCGUUAGGCUGGAGACUUUUGUACUUUGGUUUGUUGAUGCUGCAUCCUAUAUCGAUGUCGAUGAUCCUCAAUGGAGCUAUUUUGUGUGCUAUGAGAAGUAUAAAAAUCACGAUGGCGUCUUUCAAUAUGCUGCAACUGGCUACACUACUGUUUACGAAUACUAUGCAUAUCCUCAAAAUAUUCGCCCUCGUAUAAGUCAAAUGUUGGUUCUACCUCCGUUCCAAAAAAUGCGCAUUGGUACCAAGUUCAUUGAGACCAUCUACAAAUACUAUCAAGGCCAAAAAAGUGUAAUUGACAUCACAGUUGAAGAUCCAUCGGAGGAUUUCCAAAGAUUGAGAAAUUUCGUAGAUUCACAAUUGUGCUUGGAAUUGGACAGCUUUAAAAAGGAUCUCGUUAAAAAAGGAUUUUCCAAGGACAUGAUUAAGGAAGCAAGAGAAAGACUUAAGAUUAACCCAAAACAAUGUCGAAAAGUGUAUGAAAUAUUGCGCUUAUACUACACCAAUGUAUACGAUGUCGAUGAGUACAAAGUAUAUCGCCUGGAUGUGAAGAAACGUUUGAAUGCUGUCUAUCACAAGCAAUUGAGUGAUAUAAAAAAAAUGGAAAAAGUCAACAUUGAUACGCAAUGGAUGCGAGCUACAUUGCCAACAAUGGAAGAGAGACUUGUCCAGCUGCAUCAGGAGUACACAAUUGUUGAAAAUGGUUAUAAACAUGUUGUUGAAAAGCUUAAGGCUUAGUUUAAUCAAGGCCAUUUUGUUAUUUAAGUUUCUUGUCUAAGUUGUGUACAUAAUUAAUAAAUAAUAUUGUACGAAAAUUAUUUAAAAAAUAAAUAAA